UUGGUGAGCUCCCACAAUGCAGUUACUUCUUCUUGCGAUUUUCCUCGUCAUCAUCAUCAUCUUCUUCUUCAAACUUUUUCACUCAAUACUAUGGGUCCCAUGGAGAAUCCAGGACCAUUUCCGCGAACAACGCAUAGGAGGCCCUGCCUACCGUCCGAUCUUUGGAAACACGGCCGAGAUCCGCCGCAUGUACGCCGACGCCCAGUCAAAGCCAAUGUCUUUGGACCACGACAUACUUCACCGAGUGGCUCCUUUCUACCACGAGUGGUCGGGUCUGUACGGAAGGACGUUUCUGUAUUGGUUCGGGUCAAAGCCCAGAUUGGCUAUAGCCGAUCCAGAUAUGAUCAAGGAGGUCCUAAUGGAUUCGGGCGGGUCGUUUCAAAAGGCUAGGCAGGACCCUUCCACUAAGCUCUUCUUUGGACAAGGAUUGGCUACUUUGGUGGGUGACAAAUGGGCUCUUCACAGAAGAAUUGCAAACCAGGCUUUCAAGAUGGAGAGAGUUAAGGCUUGGGUGCCAGAAAUUGUGGCUAGUUCCAGAAAGAUGCUCCAGAAGUGGGAAGAAGAGAGAGGAGAGAGAGAGGAAUUCGAGAUGGAUGUGCACAAACAACUUAAUCUCCUUUCAGCUGACAUUAUCUCUAGAACGGCUUUCGGAAGCAGUUUUGAGGAAGGGAAGAGAAUUUUUAUGUUACAAGAGCAGCAAUUGUACCUCGUCUCCCGAGGUUUAAGAAGUGUCUACAUUCCUGGUUAUAGGUUCUUGCCUACUAAGAACAAUAGAGAGAGGUGGAGACUGGAGAAGGAAACACGGGAAGCCAUUCGGAUGCUGAUCGAGAAGAACAGCAAAGGGAGAGAAAAUACAAGAAGUUUGCUUGCCCUCUUAAUGUCUUCUCACAAGAGUCAUAAUGGCGAAGAAGAGAAGUUAGAAGUGGGGGAAAUCAUAGAUGAAUGCAAGACCUUCUACUUUGCAGGAAAGGAAACAAGCGCUAAUCUUUUGACUUGGGCACUCAUCCUUCUUGCAUUCCAUCAAGAAUGGCAAACCAAGGCAAGGGAAGAAGUUUUCCGCAUUUGUGGACAAAAUCAGCAUCCCACUGCUGACAACUUAAACGACUUCAAAAUAAUAAGCAUGAUACUGAAUGAAACACUUCGUCUCUACCCUACGACAGUGGCAUUGUUGAGGCAAACAUACAAAAGAGUGAAGCUAGGGAGUCUGGAUAUUCCGACCGGCACGCAGCUCUAUCUGGCCAUGACCGCCGUCCAUCAUGAUGCUGAGAUAUGGGGAAAAGACACACAUAAAUUCAACCCGAUGAGAUUUUCUGAGCCUCGAAGCCAUUUGGCCUCAUAUUUUCCAUUUAGCUUAGGCCCCAGAAUUUGUGUAGGUCUGAAUCUGGCCAUGGCUGAGACGAAGGUCGCCCUAGCUAUGAUCAUCCGGCAAUAUUCUUUUAGGUUGUCACCAACUUAUGCUCAUGCGCCCAUGCUGGUUCUAACAUUGCAGCCUCAACAUGGUGCACAACUCCUAUUUAGGAGAAUAUUUGGUUGAAGCUUGCAGCCUCAGCUUGUGUAUGUUCCAUGUAUCCCAGCAGUUUGGUAGUGUGUGUUUAUGACAUUAAUAAAUGAUAUAUGGAAUCAUCGGAAGACAUGU